GUGUUGCGGGAUGCUGUGCCAAAACAACCACUGCACCACUUGAUCGAGUGAAGAUCUUGCUGCAGGCUCAUAACCACCAUUACAAACAUCUAGGAGUGUUUUCUACGUUGUGUGCUGUGCCCAAAAAGGAAGGUUACCUUGGGCUAUAUAAAGGAAAUGGAGCAAUGAUGAUUAGAAUCUUUCCAUAUGGUGCAAUUCAAUUUAUGGCGUUUGAUCAAUACAAAAAGGUAAUAAAGAAGCACCUUGGGAUUUCAGGGCAUGUGCAUCGAUUGAUGGCUGGAUCCAUGGCAGGUAUUACAGCAGUGAUUUGUACUUACCCUCUUGAUAUGGUUAGAGUUCGUCUGGCAUUCCAAGUAAAAGGGGAACACAAGUACAUGGGAAUUAUCCAUGCAUUCAAGAUGAUUUACACAAAGGAAGGUGGUUUUAGUGGGUUCUACAGAGGGCUGAUGCCAACUGUUGUAGGAAUGGCUCCAUAUGCGGGUAAGUUUUUCUUUUUUACCUUUGGUACCUUAAAGAGCAUUGGACUUGCUCAAGCACCUAACUUGCUUGGACGGCCUUCCUUAGAUAAUCCCGAUGUCUUAGUUUUGAAAACACAUAUAAAUCUGCUGUGUGGUGGCAUAGCUGGAGCAAUAGCUCAGACGAUAUCAUAUCCCCUUGAUGUAACUCGCAGGCGAAUGCAGUUAGGAGCAGUUCUCCCGGACUCUGAAAAGUGCCUUACCAUGGUGCAGACACUGAAAUAUGUGUAUCAACAACAUGGAAUACGAAGAGGAUUGUACCGUGGUCUAUCACUGAACUAUAUUCGUUGUAUCCCUUCCCAGGCUGUGGCUUUUACCACGUAUGAACUUAUGAAACAGUUCUUGCGCCUCAACUGAACUUUUUUAAGCUUUAAUGUAAAAAUUAUAUUGGUGAAUAAAUUACUUGAAGUUAAAUAUAUAUUGUGGCACUGCUGUUGUCGGACAACUUAAUUUUAAUUGCCAAAAUGUGGUUAAUUUCCUGGAGUCAAAGUAGAAGACAGAUCAUAAUAAGCAUUAGUUAGCGAGAAACAUUUUUUGCACUUAAUCUUAUAGGCUUCAAUACAUAAAUGUUAAGAAUUGCACAGUUUUAAAAUUACACCCACAUUUUAUACAGGUUUCAAGCUGUUAGUUGUCUAGAUUUAUCACCAUUCCAGGACUUAAACACAUGAUUAUCUUGCUUUCUAAGCUACUUGUUAGACAUCUGUUCUUCCUUAACAUUUAAAUUGAUUAAACUUAUUUGAAUAAAAUGGAACAGUUUUCUUAUUCAACUACCAACUCUGUUGAAGCUGAACUCGGUAGACCACAACUUAACCAUCUUUUCUUUUUGCCUUUUGUACAAGUUUUCUGUAUGUUAAGAACAAAGCAUGUAUCUUUGUGUGGUUACAUAUGGGAGUUUUUUCAGCCUCUUCAAUAACAAAUGACGAGA